AAACAAUGACAAUUUCCAAGAUAUGAAUCAAUAAGUAGCUUGGGUAAAAAGAGUCAAGUAGCUGACCAGGAAUCAAUAACAAAUAAUAUAUUGUCGUCAACAAAAGACAACUCUCCGAAAGUCGGAAGCUAUCAUUACGAUAAGUAUCGAUAAUAUCCGAUGAUUGCAGUCCUUUUUUCCUCCAAGAAAGUCUAAAAGGGUUGGAAAAACAUAAACUGCGCAUAAAACUUCAUUAUUUAUUCAUAAAUUAUUAAUAUUUUAUUAUUCACUUCUAUUUCUAUUGUUCCGACGGUAGUCUUCCCAAGUUUUUUAUAUUUCUUAUAAUUUAUUGUAACAAUGAAAGUUCUAACUCACAGUUUCUUUAUAUUGCAAGUCUUCGGCGGAUGGAUACCGAUCUCCUGGAGCUCGACGGUCAAGGAGCAAAUUUACAAUAUUUAUACUCUAAUUAUUGGACUAACAAUGAUUACCUUCUUUGUCUCCUGCACGAUAGAUUUAUUUUACACUUCAAAUAUUGAAAUAAUGGUCCAGAAUUUGUCAAUGACUUUCACGGUAUUUGUUGCCUGGUCGAAGUUAGUUCUGCUUAAAUUGAAGCGGAGUGAAGUUAGGAAUAUUCUUCGGCUUCUGGAUGGAAGACACUGUAGGGUAGAGCGGGAAAAAGAGGAGAGAAUUCAAUUUAAGCAUGAUAAAAAAGCCAAAGACAUUGUUGUAACUUACUUCAUCCUGGUAGGCUGCGCAGUAUCAUUCAUGACAACAGCUUCAAUUUUGGACAACCUAUCAGCUCGAGUUCUUCCUUUCAACGGCUGGUUCCCGUUUCAACACUUUAACGGUUCAGGAUUCUGGAUCGCGUAUUUCCAUCAAAACAUCGCCCACUUCUACGUCGCCAUGGUGGGAUCUGCAUUUGACACCGUAGUCUGGGGAGUUUUCAUCCAGAAUUCCAGCCAGUUGGUCAUUUUGAAGAGCAGGUUAGAAAGUUUUGUAAAAAUAGUUCAUCGGAACAAGACAGGUGGCACUGGCGACGUAUCUUCUUUAAGAGAUUGGGAACACAAGUUCAUGAAAGAGUGCAUUCAUCACCACUGGAUCAUUUUGCAGUUUGCUAAACAAGCUAAUGAUCUAUUCUCACCAAUAAUAUUCCUCCAAUACUCAUUAAGCUCAUUGAUUCUUUGUAUGAGCGUCCAAUUAUUGACAAAACUUGCUUUUGGUAGUCCUGAGUUUAUGUUUAUUGUUUUUUACCUUUGUUGUAUGAUAUCACAAAUUUUUUUGUUCUGCUGGUAUGCAAACGAAGUUGCAUUAGAGAGCUCCGGUAUAAGUUCUGCGAUCUACAACAUGGACUGGCAAUAUUUGACGAAUAAAACCAAAAAGGAUCUACUGCUGAUGAAAAUGAGGACUGUCAGGCCAAUUAAGUUCACCAGUGGAAGCUUGAUUGAACUUUCUCUAGAGUCUUUCACCAAGCUCAUGAAAUUUUCGUACACUGCAUACAACGUUCUUCAACGAAAGUAGAAAAAACCAAUAAAUAUAUUAGAGAAGUUAAACCCAAAUGCAGUAGCUGCAUCCAGGUAGUCAUUAGUCUUCAUAUCAUUAGAGUUUUCAUAAUUAAAAAUGACUAAAAAAAAUAUUAGAUAAU